AUGAGGAGGAGGAACCAACCAAAGAAUGCGUGUCGGCCGUGCUGCGACACAUUGCGGAGCUCAAGGACCAUCGACACCACGGGAGUGUUCGUCGAGCCCGAGGACUACGACGUGACCAAGAUUCACGCCCUCCUUCUAGGACCCAUCGGCACGCCCUACGAAGGAGGCUUCUUCCAUUUCGUCCUCCGGUGUCCCUCGGACUACCCUGCGAGGCCUCCGCUGGUGAGGCUCAUGACCACGGACUCGGGUAGGGUGCGGUUUCACCCGUGCAUCUAUGAAAACGGCAAGGUGUGUCUGCCGCUGCUGGGCACGGACAUGGUCGGACCUACUUGGACGCAGCACCACAGCAUCGGGAACGUGGUGUGCACCAUUAGGUGCAUGCUGUCCAACGAGAAUCCCAUCGAAAAGGGAUCGGCUUUCGGUGUCCUACCGACCAUGGGGACGUGGCUGAGCAGCGACAUCUGCUACAACACCGUGUUGCGGCACGAGACGAUCAGGGUCGCGGUGUGCGACGCGGUCGAGGACUGCCUCCAUGGCAGAUCCGCCUGCCCGAACUGUCUGAGGAAAGUGAUCUUGGAAUACUUCCCGCAGUUUUACUGCCAGUACGAGAAAGUGGUCCAGGAGCGGCUGCCCAUGACGGGUUCCUUCAUGAACGACGUGCUCGACAGUGGCGUCGCCAGGUACCAGUACGAGACACUACUAGCGCGUCUGCAUGACCUUCGCGGAUGGGUCGGCUUAGGAAGUUAA